AGCGUUGGCUGUAUGUACAUCUGCAUGCAAGAGAGUUAUUGUAUGCGUACCGCCAACUUCCAAUGCCCUAGCUACCAAUAAAGCGGAUUGGUGAAGCGGGGAACAAAGCCAACGCCCCAGCCUCCCACUUUCAUUUACAUCUCCCGCCGCUGCCCCUCUGUUUCGCUGGCACCAGCUUUGUGAUAAACCCCGCGUUUUGAAUGCUUCUACAAUUUGGGAACCAAGGUCCACCCCGUUUAUCACCUCUUCGCAGUCCUUCUCCUUGCCACCUCUGAGAACCUUGAGGGGCCGCGACGAACAGUCUCGAGAUCGGUGACACAGCCCCUCAUGGCUUCUGCUGCUCAAUGUUUCUAUUGCUUUGAAUGUCUAUCUGCUUCCUUUAAAGGCACAGAGCCUCCUAGUCUCUCAGCGGUAGAAGACCUGUGGGAAGAGUUCGAAUCUUUCAAAGCUCUUGCUUUGCGAGCUGACUUUCAGGGUUCUGCAGAUCACUUGGACAAUGACGAAGUGGUUGCGGAUGGAGAUCAGUCAGAAGUUCGGGAUGAUGAUAGCGAAGAAUCCGAUGAUGGGUCUAAGAUUGCAAAGCCCUCUCAGAAGGUGCAAUUGCCCAGCAUCAGCCGUCUUCAGGGAGGCUCGUCAUCCAAAUCAUCCAACACAUCUACCCCUUCUGCACUAUCCAAUAGCUCCUCGCGUUCCGCUUUGACAAGUGCAUCUUCUACUACCUCUAUUAGCCCGGCGGCUUCUUCCAUUUUCUCACGAUCAAAAGGAGCGGGUGCAAACUUUUCAACUGAUACUGCUGACAUGACAUACCCUUUAUUCGUCACCUGGAACACUCUCUCCAGCACCGGUCAUAAGUCACUUCGCGGCUGCAUAGGUACAUUUGAGCCACAUGAGCUAGCCGCUGGUUUAAAAACAUAUGCGCUCACAUCUGCUUUCGGGGACACACGAUUCCCGCCUAUCCCAUCAUCACUGCUCUCCUCCCUCUCUUGCUCCUUAACACUCCUCUCCUCUUUCGAAACCUGCUCCCACCCCCUUGACUGGGUGCUAGGCACCCACGGUCUUCGCAUAUCUUUUAUCUACCGCGGAAGACGGCUCGGUGCUACCUACCUUCCCGAUGUGGCAGUCGAACAAGGGUGGACAAAGGAAGAGACCGUUGAAAGUUUGAUGAGAAAAGCAGGUUGGGAGGGCUAUAGCAGCAACAGUGGUGGAGGCAGGGUGGCGCGCAGAUUUCUUCGAGGAAGUAUGAAUUCAUCUGCCAGUGCAAACAAUGCGAGGGGGAAACCGUGGGAGGACGACGUUUCUGAUUUCAAAACGGUUAGGUAUCAAGGGCUGAAAGCGAGUGCUGCUUUUGCGGAAUGGCAGGAGUGGAGGAAAUGGGUGGAGUUGUCUGACAAUCGUCGGGAGCUUUUAGAGUCUGGGACGUGAAUGAUAUGAGAUCCUUAUUCUCUCCCUUCUGUCCCAUCAUCUUGGCUACUUCCGCUACUUCCAUCUCCCUUUUCACGACUCUGCACAAUUUUGCCUAAUUCAUGUUAUAUCCCAUCGUGUUCGUUUUGUGAUAUUUAGAAAACCAAACAUUUUUUUAUAACAACAAAUAAAUAAGGAAAUAUUGCGGCUUUUAA